AUUUCGUCAAGUUGAACAAACAAGUGGCCUUACACUAAUUGGCAACUUUACUAAACGAAACUGAUGCCAGCGACAUCUUGCGCAAGGCUAAGACAGUAAGUUGGAAAAUUACGGCCGUAGUUUCAAGGUGAAGCUCAUCCAUCAAAUGCCUAAACUAAAAAAACUGUUGCCUGGCCUUUUCGGCAGUCAUAAAGACAACCAAAAAAUGACCAAUAAGAAUGAACGCGAAAAUGGUGAUGGUAAUGUUGAUGAAGUUAAAAUGGUCCAAGGCAGGCUAGAAACAGACGCAUCGCCCGUUGAUGAGGAAGAAGCACUAGCCAGCAACAAUAAUACACCAACGCAAUCGACCGAACUUACUGAAUCUGUGGUACGUGAACUGUCUGAUCCAAAUUACAAUUCUAUCGAAGUGACAUCUAAUGGCAACGAAAAUCGGGAAGAAACUCCAUUGAAUCCUAAUACAGGUGCGCUAGAACGGGUUUCAAGUAACAAUGCUUUGACUUCAACUCUACCCAACGCUCUUGCGCCUACCACAUUGACUACUAUGAAUGUGCACAAUGCUCAACAACAAAUGGUAAUGCAGUUCUCCAACAUAAAGCAGUUGCAUUUCGGUUCAGUUUAUAAUAUUAAUAGCAAUAUUAGUGGCAUAGCAACUAAUAGUUCAUGUAAAAAUAGCAAAACAGAUGAAGCAACCACACCUAGGAGUUCCAAUGUUCCAGAGAAUACGAGACGACAAUACCCACGUAAAACGACUACAAUUGUAACUAUGAUGCAGUCACGUGAAGAGCCAAACCAUCGCAUAUUGGAAACUAUAUCUACACACCUGGGUGAAGGUUGGAAGCAUGUUAUGCGAGAGUUAGGACUUUCAGAAGGACAGAUCGAGCAGUCACUGAUUGAUCACCAAAUGCAUGGUGGAAUCAAAGAGGUUAUCUAUCAGUUGUUGCUACAGUGGAUUCGUGAUGCAGAUGAUAACGUGGCAACGCUUGGAUACAUUACUACAUUGCUUUGGGAAUCGAACCAUCGUGAUUGUGUGCAACGCAUGAAGUUGGUAUACAAAUCGGAUGGCGACAGAAGAAAAGGUGUUCCUAAUAAUAGCAAAUAAUACGGAGAGAGACGGGAAACGCGUCUUACAGUUAUGAUGGGCAAAGCCUUGCUAUCCAGUGAAUAUGCAUCUUUGCAUAUAAAUUGCUGUGUUUAACACAGAAUUUUAAAGAGCUCCAAAAGGGGCUCUCGCAUAUCGUGGAGCAGUGCCUUGAACGUAGAGUGGUGAAGACUUGGUAUUAAAUUUGAGCUAUUUUUCGGAACUUCGCAAAAUCACUAAAGGGUAACAAUCCUUGUGUUACACCAAAAUUUACGUCUAUUGAUUUUGCUUUUUUAGAAACACAAACAAAAAACUGGUGCAUUUUAGUGUGCAAUACUUGAUAUUAGGAAAAAGGAGUCGUAUAAUCUAAGCUUUUUUUUUAUUUAGGACUAAAAAAAAUUGAAACAUAAAAUAUGAAUGUGCAUAUGUAAGUAUGUCUGUUUUUUUUGGAAACCGGCUUGUGUUAUUCUAAUAUUAGAUUAAAUCAAAUUUUUUCGUCUUUACCCAUUAUCAGACAUUAAGCAGGUUAUCAGUAAAAGCAAAAAUUUAGAACUUUCUAACAUUUCGCGAAUGGAAAAAAACUGAUAUGCUGAAAUGUUUUAGCAUGGAUAUAUACAUAUAAUUAAUAUUUACUGAACUCAUUUAAUCAACCAGAGACAAUCGCAGUUUUGAAAUGAUUUGUCAACAUUCUGACGCGGUUUUUAUGCACACAUAUAUAUGUAUAUAUAUAUAUAUACACCUUUUGAUUAUUAAACAUUGACAGUAAAUUUAAUUGUAUAAAGAACGACCAAGUUAAGAAAAAAAUAUUAGCUGCAUUUUCUAUCGAAUAUAAAAUGGUUUAUUUGUAAAACUAAGUUUUUAGAUUUAAAGA